UCAGCCUCAGCAAGCGACGUCAAAUCAACAUGGCCGCUCACAGCACAGCGUUAAGAGCAAUUAACAUGCAGACAUAUUCACGUGUUAAAUCUCUAACACUGACUUGUUCUGAGGAGGAAAAUAUACAUCAAAUAUCAUCGCAGUUGAGAUUUUUCUGCUAACAAAAGACGACCGUGUUAGAGUCUUAUUUUGCACACUUCCACCCUCAUAUGGAACGAAAACGCACAGAUAGUUCCUACGUUACCCACAAUGCCUAGCGUAUCUACGUCACCGAUGCCGGAACAGGAAGUGUAAACUUAUUUGACCAAGCUAGCGUUUUUGGCUGAUUUUUGUGCGUUUAAAGUCGACAUUUUAAACACGCCGAGAUGAGCUGCUCGCUGGAGAAGGUGCUGACAGACGCCAGGUCUCUGGUGGAGCGGCUCCGAGAUCAUGACAACGCCGCCGAGAUCCUGAUCGAGCAAACCACAGUACUGAACAAGCGUGUGGAGGCCAUGAAACAGUAUCAGGAGGAGAUCGAGGCACUCAACCAGGUGGCGAGGCAUCGUCCACGAUCUACUCUGGUAAUGGGAAUUCAGCAGGAGAACCGGCAAAUACGGGAACUGCAGCAGGAGAACAAAGAGUUGCGUACAUCUUUAGAAGAGCACCAGUCAGCGCUGGAGCUAAUCAUGAGUAAGUACAGAGAGCAGGUGUUCCGCCUUCUCAUGGCCAGCAAGAGGGACGACCCGGGGAUCGUCACGCAGCUCAAAGAGCAGCACACUAACGAGAUGCAGGCGCACAUAGACAAAAUAAACGAGAUGGCCACAGUGAUGAAGAAGGCCAUCGAAGUAGACGAAGGUCGUGCGUGUGAAGACGAGGAGCGGAUCAAACAGCUGGAGUUGGAGAACAGAGGCCUGAGGGAGUUGUUGGGGAUUAGUCGAGAGGCAUUCCUGGUGCUGAGGCGAGACGAGCGAGACGACGCGUCUGACAGCACCUCUCUGUCUCCCCUCGUGACCAGCAGUGACCUGAGCUUGAGGAAGAGCUAGAGCGCUUCUGCUUCCACGAGCAACGGACUUUACCGAACACAGAUUUCAAAACACACACACACACACACUGAAGAGCAGAACACUGUCUGAAUCUCCUCUGCAUAACACAACCUGUUCAUAUCUCAGUAGUUCUGUGCAGCUCAUUUAAUAACCAGGCAAGAGUGUGUGUGUGUGUGUGUGUGUGUGUGUGAGAGAGAGAGAGAGUGUGUGGUUGACGUAGGAGAGUUAUAAAGUGAAUGUACAUAAUCAUUUCCCCAGCAGUGUACAUAACGGACUGUUAAAAGGACCGUCGUUUUGUCCAGGCGCUGUAAAUAUAUAUAAAUAUAUAUCGCAGUCACGUACGAGGAUGUAAACUUUAUUUCGAGGUCUGUUCUGCUUGUUUUUAGUGCUGCCUUGACACACGGUGCUUUGAAACGUUGUAUGACGGAUUAAGACGAAACGAAUAAAAUAAAUAAAUAAUAAAAGAAAGGCAUUCAUACACAGUCGACCGUUCUGAUCUCUUCUUGCGUAACAGACUCUGUGUUGGACCGAGCAGUGAGAGUUACUCAGGAACCUGCACACGAGGGAGGAUUAGACUGAGCGACACGGUGGUCAUGUUGUCCUGCGGGGUUUCCAGGCGCGACUGUGGGGAAGAUGAUGCAGAUCACACAAACACUUGGAGUACGUGAUGUAAAACGACAGUAUUUGAGUCGGUGCUUACAAAUAGCUGGAAACCCCCCCCCCCGCCCAAAUGGUUGCUAGGGUGUUGCUAAAAAGAAAGGAAGAAAAAGUGCAGCUCCUAGACGAGUGCGUAUCAGAGUAAGAAGCGAAUGAAAAAAAAGGUAUGAUGAGGCUUAAUUGGAGCUAUGACAUCACUUACAGCUAGAGAAAGAUGAAUCAGUUAUUAAAGUGAUUCUAUACAGCGUGUACGCUCGUUAAAACAAAACACUGAAGCAGAAAGCCAUACAAUAAUACAAAUGAAGCAAUAUUAUUACACAAAACUUUAUUAUCUUUAGAUAUCACAAAAUAAAUUUAACAAACAUUCUGCAAAAAACAUAAAUAACAACUGUAACAUUCAAGCAGUUUUAAAAUAGAAGUUUAGAUAUUAUUGCCACUUGUAUAAGAAACUACAUCAAGACUCUGCAGACAAGAACACCGUGCAGACGGCAGGCCGCCUCGCCUCGCCUCGCCACUACACGAGCCCAGAGACAAGAAACUGGCACCCAAACCCAGUAUCCGAUCUGGAGAUCUGGCCCCAAUCCUCUAUCAGGACUCGAGUCUGGGGGAUUUGUUUAUAAUCCACCCGCAGGAGGAGCGUAAAGGGAACAGAAAAUCUGUAGAGGCAUUAACCAAUGCAAUGUUCUCUUUAAAUAAGUGCUUAUUAUUCAGCGGGUGGCUAUGAAGUCCAAACCCAUUAAAAAAAAAAAAAAAAAAAAAAAAACCACCUCCUACUAA